CCUUUUCUUAUUCCACUACUGCUCCUCUAUGCUUGCUCUUUGACUGCUGACGAGCACGGAGGACAGUUUGCGACACAAGUCAUCGAGAGGAUCCGCAAGACGCCAUCAGCCAGGCCGGCAGGCAGGGCAGGCUUUGACAGCUCAGCCCCGCCUACAACGUCAGACGUCUUCCACAAAGUCUCAUUAAGCGUCAAGACUACCCUUUCCCGCCUUUCGAAGAUAACCUCCACAACCACUAGGGCCGCAGCGCCAGCGUCGACACUAACACAGACACGCAACCCAUCCAGUCAUCGAAACAACUCAUAAGCGACACAGCAAUGCAGAGCAACGCCCACAAACCGCCCCCGCCCGACGACGAAGAUCUGCAGCACCUCUAUGAAGAGGUCUGGCGCGCGUUCGGCGACGAGACGCCGGCCGAGCCCUCGGAGCCGUCCCCUGCCGGGAGUGGCAGCGUGCACAGUGCGACUCGGUCGUAUCGCGACAGGGACUCGCCGACGUACGGGCCUGCUGGAGGAGGUGGUGGUCGGUACAACAAGGCGAUGCCCGACCCCACAGCCCAGCAAAACUCCAUCUCACCUACAUCGCACCGCCGCCCUCGUCCCCUCCCGCCCCCACCGCCCCAACAGGGCCCCGCGUCAUCAGGAUCGGGCGCUCAUAGCCAUUCGGCGUCGUUGCCUGAAGACCCUCAAGCCCGCGCUUCUAAUGAGAGAGAAGGGAGACCGCCUGGAUCCGCGAGCUCGUCGCGACCGAACACGGCGGGUGCUACAGGCUGGGACGGCCGACGCCAACUUCCUUUUGCACCCGGGUACCACACCACCCGCCCCUCCGACCCAAACGCUACCUCACCCGUCUCGCCAUACGGCCAGCAAAGAGCGCCUGGAGGCGGCCCGCCACCAUCGAUUCUUGCACCCCCGCCUCCGCCUCCGCCCGACAUCUACAAGGCGACACCGCCUCCACCGCCACCGCCCCCGCCGCACCUCGCUGGGCUGCCGCCUAAUGGGACUAGCAACGGCAUGAACGGCGGGGAAUACGGAAACGGAAAUGGAUAUGGAGGGGCAGCGCUCACGGCUCCCUCGAUUCAGAUGCCGUCGCCGCACGUCCCGGGGCUGCCGCGCUCGCACAACGCGUCGCCUGCGCCGCCGGGUAUGGGCGGGAGUGCGAACGGGGCGGGGGCGGGUGUGGGGAGGGCGGGGAGCUUUAGGCCGCCUGGGGCUGGGGCGCCGGUUACGCCUGGCUUGGGCGGGUAUGGUGCGGAUGGGGGGUACGGGAAUGGGAACGGGAACGGGAGUGCGAAUGCGCAUGUGAAUGUGAAUGCGAAUGUGAACGCGAGGGAGGAGGAGUAUGCGUAUGGAAGGUCGUGGGGGUACUCGGGCCCGCCGCCUGCUACCGAGGGGCGGUACGACGAUGGGCGGGCGGGGCGGUAUGGGCAUGCGGGCUCGGGGGUGAACAGGAGCGGUGGAUUUUACGAUGAGGUGUUGGAGGAAUAUGCGGGUGGAGGCGGGGGGCAGCCAAGGCAGGAGAUGGACGCGGGGCCUGUGGUGGGGUACGGCGCUGGGGGCUUGCCACCCGAGCUCACCCGCGGCGCGUCCGCCGUCUCGACGCUCUCCGCCACGUCCGCGACGACGAGCGGCUCGUCGUCGCUCUACCCCGCUGCGGUCGGGCGCGGCGACCAGACGUCGCUGUUCACGGCGCAGACGACGCCGUCGCCGUCUGUGCAUAUUGACAAGGACGGGAGGGGCGCGUACGAGACGUAUAGUGGCACGUCGAGCGGGAUCGGCACGCCGACGGAGCGCGGGCAGGGGGAGGAGGAUUAUUUGACUGCCGGGGCGGCGUAUGCAAGGCAUGCGCAGGCGUCUGCGGCGUCGUCGCAGGUGCCGAUUGCGCCGCCGCAUGGGCAUGGGCAGGCACCGGCACAAGGUCAGGCGCAGGGACAAGGACAGGGGCAGGGGCAGGUGUACGACGAGGCGUACGAUGAGGAUGGGUACACGUUCGACAGCGCGUCGGAGGACGCGGAUCCGGAUCGGUUUGUCAACUUUAGCUUGCUGAGCCAUCUUGCGGUGCGGUUGCGGGAUAAGGUGCCGCGCGGGACGCAUGUGAAGAGCAGUAUUCCGUAUCCGAGGGCGUUCACGGGGAAGGACAUUGUGUCGACGAUCCAGUCCCAGAUCCAGCGCGAGCUCCUCAUCAACCACGGCAUCUCCACGACGGACCGGCGCGCCGCGCUGCAGGUCGCACGGUCGCUGCAGCGCCAGCUGUUCUUUUACGAAGUGGAGUGGGGCGACAAGCCGCUGCAGGACGGUGUCGAGGACGUGUACAUGUUUCUCGACGACCACGACGCCGAGGGCGCUGUGUCGCCCGGGUUUGAGCGGUUCAAUGAUUUCGGCGGGAGUGGUGGAGGCGGCAGCGGCGGGGAGGCCGGCCCGUCGAGUGCGGCGGCGGCGGGGAGGACGCCGGGCGGGAAGGAGGUGGAGGAGCUGCCGACGGCGGUGAUUACGAUGCUGACGCGGUGUUAUUCGACGAAUUGUUCGGACGAUGCGCCGUGUUAUUCGUAUGCGUGUCCGAGGAAGCGCCAGAAUCAGGCGGCGCAGCUGUUUGAGCCUGUUGCGGUGGAGCCUGAGCCGGUGCAUCAGGCGCCGGCGGGUGAUUGGCAGUUGAUGGUUGAUCCGAGUAUUCUCAAGACGUUGCCGGAGAGCGAGGUUCAUCGGCAGACGAUUAUACACAAGACGAUCAGUCAGGAGGAGCAGUAUAUCCAGGAUCUGGAUAUGGUUGAAGAGCUCUUCAUACGGCCACUGCGUCAAGUAGACCCGCAGAUUCUAGAGCCGUCCGCGCGAGACGACUUCAUCGAAGAAGUGUUUGGCAACAUCCUCGACCUGCGCGAGUGCAACAAGCAGCUGCUCGAGUCGAUGUACGUCCGGCAGCGCGAGCAGGGCUCCAUCGUGCAGAAGAUCGGCGACGUCUUCCUCGAAGCCGCGACCGUGUUCCGGUACGCGUACCCGACGUACGUCGGGCACCUGCCGCUCGCGGAGAAGCGGUUCCGGGACGAGACGGAGAGCAACGCGGGGCUGCGGCUGUUUCUGGAGGACUGUGCGCGGCAGGGGGCGCGUGCGCAGGAGGGGGCGCGGCGCGGGCUGGAUCUGAAGCACUUUUUGAGCCGGCCGAGCGAGCAUCUGCAGAAGUAUCCGAUUGCGCUGGAGGCGAUUGUGAAGGAGACGACGGAGGGGAAUCCGGACGCGGAGUUUCUGGGGGAGGCGAUUAAGGCGAUGCGGAAUCUGCAUGCGGUUGCGCAGCUAAGGACGUUUCAGACGGCGAUGGGGCGGGGGCCGGCGGGCAAGUGGGAGUGGUUUGAUCUUGUGGGGCAGGAUGUGAGGGAGGGGUUGCCGAAGAAGGAGCAGAAGCGGCAGGCCAUUAUUUUCGAGCUUAUCAAGGGCGAGAUGGCGUAUGUCAAGGACCUGGAGAACAUCGAGACGAUGUACGUCGUCCCCCUGCGUGAGGCGGACCCGCCGAUCGUGCCCCGGGACCGGCUGCAGUCGUUUAUCACCGACGUGUUCCAUAAUUUUGCGGAGCUGCAUGCGCAUCAUCACAGGCUGCUUGAGCAGCUGCACGACAUCCAGAGGGAGGAGCACCCCGUGAUUAACAGCGUUACGGCGCCGCUGCUGGAUACGGUGCUUAACUUCCAGGACGCAUAUCGGGAGUAUGUGCCGAAUUAUCCGAUUGCGGCGUAUAGGAUCGACGAUGAGAUGGGGAAUAAUCAGGACUUUAAGAUGUUUGUUGAGCAUUGCACGCGCCACCCCGACGCGCACCGUCUUGACAUGAAGAACUUCAUCAACCGGCCGAUCCCCCGGCUGCUGCGGUACGAGCUCCUGCUCAAGAACGUGCUCGACGAGACGCCGGCGCACCACGAGGACCACGAGGCGAUUCCGCACGUGCUCGAGCUGAUCAAGGCGCUGGGGAAGGAGACGGAGCCGGGGGUGCAGUCGGCGAAGCAGAAGGUGGAGCUGUGGCGGUACAACUCGAAUCUGGUGUUCAAGGCGGGGGACGCGGUCGAUAUGGACCUGUUGAACGAGAACCGGUCGUUGAUCCAUUGUGGGAAGCUGUAUAGGCAGCCGGAUACGGGGUUUGAGUGGAACGGGUGGACGGAGCUGUUUGUGUUGUUGUUUGAUAAUUAUUUGGUUAUGACGAAGGUCAAGGAGAAGGAUGGGUUGCAGAAGUUUAAUGUCAGCCGGAGGCCUAUACCCCUCGACCUCUUGACGCUGGCCAGCUUUACCGACCCUCCGACGCAGCGCGGAGGUGGGCUUAUCCGUCUAGGUGGCUUGCGUGACCGGCACGGCGGCCCCUCUGUCGGCGGUGGCAACCCGAACGACGUCUCACCAGUGGGCGGAAACAUGCCCGAAAGCAGCACCUCGGACUCGCGCGCCGUGUACCCAUGCACGAUAUACUACACCGGCCGGCUCGGUGGGCUCGUCACGCUGUACGCCGAGUCCGCGCAGGCACGCGCCGAAUGGAAGGGGAAGCUCGAGGAGGCGCUCGGCCUGCGCAAGGUGGUGCAGGAGAGCAACAAGGUGUUCGAGAUGGAGGCGCUGAGCACGGACACGUUCCUGAUGCCGACUGUGAGCACGGGGUCGUCGAAUAUCGGGUCGCAGCAGCCGGCGUGGAACGAGAACGCGAUCACGGGCAAGGUGACGUGUUCGGUGCCGUUUAUGACGAGCGAUGGGCGGUCGUUGGUUGCGAUUGGGUGUGCGGAGGGCGUGUGGAUUGGGUUUAGGCAUGAUUCGCGGUCCAUGCGACGCGUUUUGCACCUUAAACUGGUGACGCAGUGCGCGAUGCUGGAGGAGUUCGGCAUUUUCCUUGUGCUUGCGGAUAAGUGUCUGUUCGCAUACCACAUUGAGGCUCUCGUUCCAUCGCCAUCGAGUAACCCGCACGCGACGCAGCAGACGCCUCAGCGAGUCAAUACCACGCGUGAUGUGCAGUUCUUUAGCGUUGGACAUCAAAACGGGCGCACGCUCGUCAUCUACAUGAAGAAGAAGCAGCUCGAGAGUAUCUUCCGCGUACUUGAACCCGUCGUCGAACGCAUCAAUGACCGUAGCAGAGCCAACGCGUCGUUCACGUCGCGCUUUGGUCUGCGUCAGCCUCGGUCGGAGUGGUUCCGUGUAUUCAGGGAAUUCUUCCUUCCGUCCGAGUCGUAUGACCUUGUGUUUUUGAAACACAAGAUCGCGAUUCUUUGUACGAAGGGCUUCGAGAUCAUGGAUUUGACUGACUUCAAGAGUGUCAGUAUUCCGACGCGGGAUGAUCGCUACGAAAAGCUUGCUAAACGUUGCGAAAACUGCCGCCCGAUGGGCAUGUUCCGUGUCGAUAAUGAGUUCUUGCUUGUAUACGACGAGUUUGGGGUCUACGUUGACCGACACGGCGCACCGAGCCGCGCGAACCACACCAUUGAAUGGGAAGGCACCGCUGAGCGUGCUGCCCUGCACUGGCCUUACAUACUUCUCUUUGACUCGCGCUUCGUUGAAGUCCGGCACAUUACAACUGGCCUGCUCGCCCAGAUAUUGCAGGGCACCGAGAUCCGCUGCGUCUGGGACGGCCGUGGCACGUCUGUCAACCUCAACAAGGAGUCCGAGACGUCGAACGAGGGUAUGAACCUCGAGCCGCACAUCCACAUCGUCAUGAACAAUCUCGAGCCGGCGCAGGGCAACAGGCCGCGCACGACGUCGCAGCACAUCUACGAGCUGACGCCGACGGUGCCGCUGUAUCUCCCCGGCUCGCUCGAUUCGCCCACGCAGUCGAACUUCAACCAGACCAACUCGCCGCCGCGCUCUCCCCCGCUCAACCCGAACUGGAGAGAAUUGCGAUGAGAUCCCUUCUCAGCUACUAAUAGAUCAUAAAAUGGAGACAUGGACUUGAGCCCGGAUUCCACACGUACAUACACUUGUUUCGAUUUUCUCUUUCGCUGUUUUACUCCCCUGUUCUGUUACUCACUUUAUACUCAUGAUCAGUUAGUGGAUUUAUUCCUCAUGUUUAGUGUGCUGCAUAGCUGCAUCGUGUAUUCGUACUCU